UCUCUCUCUGUGAGUGUGUGUGUGUGUAGUCAGCUGACUAGCCCCUCCACUACACCGAGCAGCUCCUCCAGAGCUAACAGCUAGCUGCAGCCCGCCGAGGCUGAGCCGCCGGACCGGGAGGAGGUUAUGAUUGUCGGACACGGAGCUCGGAGCACCGCAGCCUCAUGGCGUCCGACAUCCAGCCCCAGCCGCAGGCUCGGAAGCCCUGCCUGCUGAGCAAGAUCGAGGCUUUCCAGGAGGUGGUGAGCACGGCGGUGAUCAUCCCCAAAGAGGACGGAGUGAUCAGCGUGUCAGAGGACAGGACGAUCCGGGUCUGGCUGAAGAGAGACAGCGGUCAGUACUGGCCCAGCGUCUACCACACCAUGCCAUCGUCGUGUUCCUGUAUGUCUUUUAACCCGGAGACCAGGAGGCUUUCUGUGGGGAUGGACACUGGAACUAUCUGUGAGUUCGUCCUGGCAGAAGACUACAACAAGAUGACUCCAGCUCGAACCUACCAGGCCCACCAGGGCCGGGUGACCGUGGUGCUGUUUGUGUUGGAGAUGGAGUGGCUGCUGAGCACCAGCCAGGACAAGAACUUCACCUGGCACUGUUCAGAGAGCGGCCAGCAGCUGGGGACGUACCGCACCUCGGCCUGGGUCUCAGGCCUACAAUUCGAUGUGGAGACCAGACACGCCUUCGUAGGAGACCAGUCUGGACAGGUGACCAUCCUGAAGCUGGAGCAGGACAGCUGCAGUCUGGUCACCACCUUCAAAGGGCACACGGGUAACGUGACGGCGCUGUGCUGGGACCCGGUCCAGAGGGUUCUGUUCUCCGGCAGCUCAGACCACUCCAUCAUCAUGUGGGACAUCGGAGGACGCAAAGGCACCGCUAUCGAACUGCAAGGACACAAUGAGAAGGUCCAGGGUCUGUGUUACGCCUCUCACACCCGGCAGCUCAUCUCCUGCAGCGCAGACGGAGGCAUCGUCAUCUGGAACAUGGAUGUAACACGCCAAGAGGUGAGAGACAUGGAUGUAACACGCCAAGAGACCCCAGAAUGGCUGGACAGUGACUCCUGCCAGAAGUGUGAGCAGCCUUUCUUCUGGAACUUCAAACAGAUGUGGGACAGCAAGAAGAUCGGCCUCCGACAGCACCACUGCAGGAAGUGUGGUCAGGCGGUCUGUGGUAAAUGCUCGUCCAAACGCUCCACCAUCCCCCUCAUGGGCUUCGAGUUCGAGGUGCGAGUGUGUGACAGCUGCUACGAGUCCAUCAGUGACGAGGACCGGGCGCCCACGGCCACCUUCCACGACAGCAAGCACAGCGUCCUCCACAUGCACUAUGAGCCCACCGCUGGGAACCUGCUGACCUCUGGCACCGACAAGGUUAUCAAGCUCUGGGACAUGACUCCUGUGGUGUCCUGAGGUCCAACCAGCCGGCAGUCAGCAGGAGAAUCUGUUCAAACUGCAGCAGAGGAAGAGUGAAGGAUCAGCGACGGCAUCGACGUCAUCUGGAUAAUAUUUAACGGUUAUUCUACACCAGGCUGUUGCACGUUCAGUGAGCGCUGCAGGCCGGUGAAGAAUGAGGCCUGGGUUGGAACGAGGUACCAGAGUCGGUGUUUGCUGAUCUUUAGUGGAUCUCUGUGUGUCUUUACUGUGGAAGCAGGGAAGAAGUUUGACUCUGAAAGUGAUUCACACGCCUCAUUUGCUUAAUUUUCAUGCAUUCCUUACCAAUUUUAUAUUUAAAACCCAUAAAGCAGUCACUAAAACUUUUCUGCACUGAGUAACGUCAAAUCAGAGCUUUUUAGACGUGAAGCAGCUCAUUAACCUGGACCUCAAAUCAGAUGUUUGUGCUCAGCAGACUUCAGAUUCUCCACGUGGAGGAGCUGUUUGAUCACUGACAGAUUGGAUUUACAUCAUCAGCAGGAAUAAAAAGUAAAAACUGACACUUGAGCCACCUGCAAAUGCUUUGAGCUGCUUUUCACAUCCUGUGUGUUGCUUUCUUUGUGUUACAACACGUUUAAAAUUCAAACUCUAGCACCUGUUUGCUAAAAUCCCAAUCUGACCUCCAGCUGAUCUAUAACUGAAAUAGAGUUCAGCUUGUGACUGCAGGACAAUGAAUGUUGAAGAUUCUGUAAUAGUUUUUGUUGAUGUGUGUAUUUUAACACAUAGAAAACAUUAAACAUUUUUAUCCACAUAACCCUCAGACAGAGCCAGUUUUGCCUGAUAAAAUGUAAAUAUUUCCAUUUAAAACAAUCACACCUCAUUUUCUUUUGCUUUCUUUUCCAUAUUUAUCCCACAAACAUAUUUUAUUUCAUACUUUGCAUUAAUUUUUUUUUUUAACAUUUUGCAUGUUGUGUUUUAUUUUUGUCCUUUUUUUCCUUUUUAUUUGACUCUUCCAGCUCAGUGCUUCUUUUUCCCCCCUCUUUGGACAGAUUUAAGGCAGUUAAAUGUCUCCUUUCCUCGCUGUUGACCCAGAAUGACAGAGCGGCUCAUUAAACCAGUUUAAUAUUUUACAGGAUUUAAAUGUAAAACCUGUAAAACUAACGCACCCAACAGCCACAGUUGGAGAAAAAAAAAGGAAAACUGGAGUUGUGUCUUGCAGGUGGCUCUUGUGUCAACACUAGAAAAUGUCUCCGUCUGGCCUGCAGGUGGCGCUAACGAUCGCUAAUCCAGGUUCAAGUGCUUCACAUCAUGUUCUAAGAAAUCAGCUGCUUUCUAAGAAUCCUCCAGUCUGAGAGCUUUAACCAGGUGACUCUGAGGAAGCUGCUCAUGAAGCUCCCUGGAUGUCGCCUCAUUAAGUGUCUUCUCUCCAGGGCCACCUCCAUCGACCACCAGAGGGCAGAGCUGGCCUUCUGAGACGAGGCAGGGAGCUACAUUUAGACAAGAGGGUUGGGGAAGGGGGAAAAAAACAGUGUAGUUCCUCUAGCCUCUAGAAUGAAGAGUGACUGCUCUUCUGGAAGCUGCAGAUGUUGAACUAGAGAUCAUUCAGACCGACUUAGUUUGGUCUUGGAGGUGUUAAAGUUUCAACAGAUACAGAAAUAUGUCGGGCUAGAAUCUGGAGAAAUCAAUGCAGAGGAUGUCUAAAAACUGCGGCUUUGGUUUGGCGUUUGACUCAGUGCAGCAUAAAGCUCUGGAACAAACAAAUGAACAACAUAUGUUUGACAGUAUUCGAAUUAUUUCUCCAUUUAAGCAGGAAAUGAAACGUUUAAGACGACGGUUUUGCAAACUCUUGUCAUAUUUUUGUUUAACUCCACCUGCCAUAUCUUGUAAUCAAUAACCAAUCAGACGGCUUCUGAUCUUUAAUGUAUGUUUUAUCAUUUUAUUUAUUACUAUUCUGUACGUGUGGUUGAAAUGUUUUUGACAUGUAAAAGCACAUAUCAUGAAGCUAAUCAGUGGCAGCACAGACUGAAACUAAUGAUUUGUUCUUGUUAUUUACUGUACGCUGACGUCGAUGCACUGGAAUCAAGAAGCAGAAAUGUCUCAUAAGUCGCUGCUGUGAAGAGAAUUUAAGACUUUUUAUGAUCACGUUUGUGCUUUAAUCAUCGGAUAAACACGUUUAAUGCUCAAAUAGUUCAAACCCCACAGAGGAUUAUCCAAAGAUGGUUGAUUUUUUUUGAUUGAAAAUAAGAUUACACUGAGGAUUUUCACCAACAACAGAGAAAUAAAAACUUGCAGGCUGUUCUCUAAAACAUUUGUCUGUACUUUCAGUUACCAUAAAGGUCCAGCACCUGUUGAAUGAAUGUGAGUCUGGAGGUACUAAGAUCCUGAAGGUCCAUACCAGAGUGUUACUGAGGUUUUUACUGCAAUUCAUUUUGUUUUUCAUGACUAGUUUCAGCUGCAUGGGAAGCCAAUUUAUUGUCACUUUGUGCUGAAAUGAUGUAAGACAGCUGCCUGGAAUUAAAAAAAAAAAUCCCAAAGAAGUGAAACACGGCAGCCUAAGAUCACAUCAAUGAGAUUUAAAUGAGCUAAAUGUAAAAACCCACAGGAGAUGGAAAGAUGUCAGAUGAACAGCACUAAAUCCAUCUGGGGCCAGUAGUCUGUUUUCUGUUGCAGGGAUUGUUGUGUUUCAGUGUCCGUUCAUGUAACUGUGUGUAUAAAUGACUUAUUAAAAGAGUUGAUGUUC